CGAUGCGCAGGGCUGGCUGUGAUUUUUUCCCCCCCCCUCUCUCCUGCAUCUGCAGAUAGUGCCAAAAUGGCUAGAGUCACACGGUAGCCGCUACUUGCUGCUGUUGCUAGCUUCGCCCCUAAUGGCCAUCAGCUCGGAAGAUAACGGAGCCUUAUCGGGAAGAAAAAACCCGACGUUAAACUCAGAUUAAGUCCGUGCAGAGUGCGAAGGUGUUACAUUGCGUUUACAAAAGGAGGCAGAGGAGGGAGGAAGGAUACGCGACUCGGGGAUAAAAUCUUCAUUUGUAUGCGAGCGAUCCCAGCCGAGUUAAACCCUGAAAAUAUGGUCCAUUGCAUCGUCGGUUCGCAUCCCCUUGCAAUCAACAGUUUGAUUUCUCGUAAAUGCUUUUUGACGACGAGACACUUAGUCUGCAAACACACGUACAGGCGGUGUACGAUGGGGAACAUAUGCGACGGUACUGCAAAUUGUGUGUUGCUGUCCCCGUUUACGUGCAUUCAACAUGCCGCUUUUAGCAUGAGCAUGGAAGAUUAUGACUACCUGUUCAAAAUAGUUCUGAUAGGAAAUGCUGGAGUCGGGAAGACAUGUCUCGUCCGGCGCUUUACUCAGGGCCUUUUCCCACCUGGACAAGGGGCUACUAUUGGAGUAGAUUUCAUGAUUAAAACUGUGGAAAUCAAAGGGGAGAAGGUCAAGCUGCAGAUAUGGGACACAGCUGGACAGGAGAGAUUUCGCUCCAUUACUCAGAGUUAUUACCGUAGUGCCAACGCCCUCAUUCUUACGUAUGACAUUACCUGUGAGGACUCCUUCAGGUGCCUUCCAGAGUGGCUGAGGGAGAUUGAGCAGUAUGCCAACAACCAAGUGGUGACUAUAUUAGUCGGUAAUAAAAUAGAUCUGGCAGAGAAGAGAGAGGUUCUCAGACAGAGGGCCGAAGACUUUGCUGAGGCUCAGAGCAUGCUGUAUCUUGAGACCUCAGCCAAAGAGUCCGACAACGUUGAGAAACUUUUCCUCGACCUGGCCUGCGAACUCAUUCGAGAGGCCAAGCAGAACAAGCUGGAUAACAAUGACACUGCCCCGAUGCCCGGCGAGGGUAAAACCAUCAGUUACUUGAGCUGCUGCAGCCUCAAUUAGAGAGAGCUCAGCCUUCUGGCCAUGGUAACGCAGUAACCAUUGACUGAAGAGGGGAGAUGGCCGAGCCCCAAUGCCUCCGUCCCUCUAAGAUGGCAUUAAGCCACUUAGUUCCGUCAUUUCUAGUCCCAUGGCUUUUUUAAGCUGUACAGGGGAGUUAGUCAACUUUAGUUUGGCCUUCCAGGAACAAGCAUUUUAAGAUGCUGCCACUAUGGAGAACAUUAUCCUCAGUGCAAUAGGAUGUAAAGUAUGUCUGCCUGAUGCAUCCAGGAAUCUGAGUAGGGCUCCAUUUUGUUCACUAUUUGGUGAAAUGGUAGAAUUUUUCCUGUUUGGGUUUUAGGCUCCAUUUUCAUUAAACAUCAAUGUUCACCAGCAGUAUUGUGUGAGUGAAAGGCUCUACCAGGUAUUUUGUUACAGAUUCAAAAAAGCUGACAAAAAGCUUCACGAUCAUUGGAGGUUAUCAGUUAAUGGUAACGACAUGUUUACACACAGCACAUUUUUUAGAUUACCAAGUCUGCUCAAGUUGCAAAAAAUCUUUGCAAACUUUCCCUGAAAUCAGUUGCACAAUCAUUCAUUUUCCACUACAGUUUCUUCUGCUCUGAGAGUUGCAUACAAUGCUAUUAACUUUCAUAAUCUCAUUUCUGAGUAGUUAUUUGCACCUGUCAUUACAAACUGUGAAAUAUACUUGUUCCCAGUAGAUUUUUACUUGCUGCUAAAAUAUGUUUUUAUGUCAUAACAUAAAUUGAAACACACGUAUAAAUACUACAUGGAAACAGUGUUCUGUGAUGCCAUUAUUUUUUUUUCGUAUACUUGCAGUGCUUGCGAUUAGUCAGUUGGUUUAGAAUGAAGCAAGUGGAAAGGAUUCUGAAAUUGUCAGUCAUCAGUAGAAAUUUUGAACAGUUUAAUCACUUGCCUUUGUUUCUGACCAUCAGCUGUUACUUUUACCCAUAGACGUGAAUAUUUCUGCCUUUGUUGUUGCUGCCUAGCCAUGAAACUGUAUGACUUCCUAUUGUUUGAAGCGGUUUGUUCAUGUAGUUUCGUAUGACUUGUUGUAUUUCAUAUGCUUUUAUUGUGAAAUUUGAUUGUCCAAGCAUGUUAUGCCAUAAUUUGUAGUGUCUAACUUUGUCGUUCAUAUAUUUGCCAUAACUGUAAUGUACUGUAUUGCACAAUGCCAUAUACUGCACACUUAUUUUUAUUGUAACAUUUUGUCUUUUGUUGUUCAGACUCGUAGUACAUCCUGGCACUUUGCUUUUAUACCUUUUAUUUUCAGUAAUCCCUUUGUACAACUGGCGAGCAUUUUGUUUGACCUUUUACCUUAGACUUUACAGCAGUUACGUACUGUUAAUUCCUUGCAGCUUCUUAUCAACACAGUAUGGGAAAUACAAAAGAAAACACUAUCGGGAUGUUGUACUUCUUUUCCUUUAUGUGUACAAAAUAAUCCCUAAAAAAUUACUAUG